AUGUUUAUAAUAGGUCAUUUAUAUUGACUGCGUACUCUUCUACUUGGGUGGUGGUUCAGGUUUAACGAAGCUGUUAGAAAUUGAAGGUCUGCUAACUAACGUAUCAACAUGGCUGUCGAAGGAGGAGGGAGAAUCAUCAAGUUUCUUGUCUUGUUUUUCAACUUUUUGUUCUUUGUAUUUGGCAUAGUGCUUCUUGGAGUUGGUGCAUAUGCUGAAGCAAAGUAUGGCUCCUAUUCCGGCAUCUCUAGAUCUGACUUUACAUCUGGUUCACGCCUCGUUAUUGCAGUUGGCUUAAUCAUUGCUGUCAUUUCGUUUUUUGGAUGUUGUGGGGCUUGGAAAGAGAACAAGUGCUUUCUGAUCAUUUUCUUUGUUUUGUUGCUUGUUCUCCUGAUCCUGGAGAUUACUGCAGCUGCUCUUGCUUAUCAGCAUCGUGACGAGAUUGCCAACACUCUCGAGAAAGACAUCAAUGACACCAUAGCUAACAAGUAUGGCAAGGACGAAAAAACUACAAAACUUGUUGAUAUGCUGCAAGAAAAGGAAAAGUGCUGCGGUGUCCUGUCCUACCGUGACUGGGUCCUUAACCCCAAGUACAACAUCACCUCUGUACCAGACUCCUGCUGUGUGAAGAAAGAAUCUGGUUGUGGAGCAACGUUUUAUGAUCCCAACAAGCCAAACGAUUUGAGUAAAAUACACCAGCAGGGGUGUUAUAAUACUCUCAAAGACACGAUCAUGAAAAACCUGAAAUCUGUGGCUGGGGUAGCAGUGGCUAUUCUCGUCAUUCAGAUCCUUGGUAUGAUCUUUGCGAUAUGUCUAGUCCGGAGGAUCGGAAAGGAAACUGCAGCGUAGACAGCAUGGUCUGGCUGAAACCACUUCUCUUGCACUCACCAGUCACUCAUCCACAUCUAGUUUUCUAGACGUAUUAUAAACUAAUAUUCGAUCCAAUAUCCCUUAGCGAUGAUAAUUAUUACAUAAGCGUGUCAAGGGGGAAAGAGAUUCAAACUUUCGUCCCAGUCCCCACGCACCCCUACCCCAGAGUAGCACAAAACCUAGACUUGAUAUAGCAAGCCCCCUCCCAUCCCAAUGCCCCCAUGGAUUUAUCCACAAAGAAAAAUCCCCCCCCAGCCCUCUUAAACUAUAAACCUUGCGUGGCUAAAACACUAUACAGGUAAACCUUGCGUUGCUAAAUAAAAUUGCAUUUUAUAGACA